UUUCACCAGAGAUCUUAAACUAAGUACCUUUUUUAUUCUGGUGAGGAAUGUAAAUCAGGCCAACAAAUGUGUGUCUUCCACAUACCUGAACAAAUUAACAAAGGGGUGCAACAUUACACGUUACCACUAGAGGUCAGUCAAUCCGACAUAGUGUACCUUUACAUAUCUUUGUUCGCAGGGUAUAACUGCACUAAAGUCUAUUUUACGGUACACGCUAGAAGCUGUUUAGUAUGAGCGAAUUUGCAUAAUUUUGCCUCGCAGCUUAUGUCUGCCACCUAGCGGCUCCUAAAUCAAUCAUCCCAGUCUGGCGCCUAUCGCAGGUGCACUAGAAAUAUGCAGGGGGUCCAGUUUCCACUGAGCACACUCAAGAUGUCGUGUGGAUAUAUUACUGAUGAGUGACCGCUCUGAGGAGCUUUCAAACCAAAACGGCCUAUUAAUUAUGACAGUCACAAACGCUGGGCUGAACACUCUCCGGUUAGCAGUUAUAAUCGAGAGCAGAUGGCGGAAGACAGCUGCCUGGUUCCUUCCAGGUGGAGGAAGGUGAUGAAGCCUCACUUGUCACGGCCGGUAAGUCAUCACCACCAUCAUCAUAACUCCAGCAACAGCGGCAGCAGCCCGUGCACCGACUUCCGGAAUUCAACACACAUGGCUACGAUGUAACCACGCCCCUUUGCCUGAACAUCUAAUCACAGAACCGAAGUAAAAACGAUGUCAAUCUGUUCAGCCAAUCAGAGCUCGCCUUGUUGGGACGUCCAUAGCUUUCACAUAUCACUGAGGCCCUUUAGCCGAACAGGGAGGAAGGGAGGGUCUUCAUCAUUGCCCUGUUCAGGCUGACACGGCGUGUGACCGUGCUGAGGAGUAAAUUACCGUUGACAGUUAGCUGUCCUGUUGUUUAUGGUCGCGCCUGGCUGUCAGCCCACAGUGCCAAACUCUCAUCAUCUUUGCCGAGCAUGCCGCCAACAAACAAGUUAAAAAACACAAUGGCGUCUGAGUCCUCAGGUGUGGUACAGGCUUCAGCUCAAGAAACACAGUCUGUGUCUCGCGAGGUGAGCCUGGCUGCGAGCGAAACAGAAGGAAAGGAGGACAAUAUUGGAGACAGAGAGAUCAUCAAGUCCCCCAGUGACCCCAAACAGUACAGGUAUGUCGUGCUGGAGAACGGGCUGAGGGCUUUGCUCAUCUCAGAUUUCAAUGGAGCAGCAACAAUGGAAGACGAGGAUUCGGAUGGAGAAGAUGGAGGUGAAGAAGAAGAGGACGAUGAGUCUGGAGAUGAAACUGAAGAUGACUCGGAGGAAGAGGACAGUGAGAGUGGCAGUAAUCAUGAUGAUGGUGAUGAUGAUGAUGAUGACAAAGAAGGGAAGAAGAAGAAAGGAAAUGCAGAAAAACAGUCUGCAGCUGCACUGUGUGUUGGAGUAGGCAGCUUCAGUGACCCCAGUGACCUCCCUGGACUCGCUCACUUCCUGGAACACAUGGUGUUCAUGGGCAGUGAGAAGUACCCCUCAGAAAACGGCUUUGAUGCUUUCCUCAAGAAGCACGGUGGGAGUGACAAUGCUUCCACCGACUGCGAGAGGACCGUCUUCCAGUUUGACGUCCAGAGGAAAAGCUUCAAAGAGGCCCUUGACAGGUGGGCCCAGUUCUUCAUCUGCCCCCUGAUGAUCCGUGACGCCAUCGACAGGGAGGUGGAGGCCGUCGACAGCGAGUACCAGCUGGCUAAGCCUUCGGACUCCCACAGGAAGGAGAUGCUGUUUGGCAGUCUGGCCAAAGCGGGGCACCCUAUGGGCAAGUUUUGUUGGGGAAACGCUCAGACCCUGAAGCAGGAGCCGAAGAAGAAGAAGAUCAACGUGUACAAGCGUCUGCGUGCCUUCUGGAAGAAGCACUACUCUGCCCACUACAUGACUCUGGCACUGCAGUCUAAAGAGAAGCUGGACACGCUGGAGGAGUGGGUCAGGGAGAUCUUCAGCUCGGUGCCUAACAAUGGUUUGCCGAGGCCAGAUUUCUCUGAUUUGUUGGAUCCCUUUGAGACAUCAGGCUUCAACAAGCUCUACAGAGUUGUCCCCGUAAGGAAAGUUCACGCUUUGAACAUCACUUGGGCUCUGCCUCCUCAGGAGAAACACUACAGAGUAAAGCCUCUUCACUACAUCUCCUGGUUGAUUGGCCACGAAGGCACAGGAAGCGUCCUCUCGCUGCUGAGGAGGAAAUGUUGGGCCGUGGCUUUGUUUGGAGGAAACAGUGAAACGGGCUUCGACCAAAAUGGCACCUACUCCAUCUUCUCCAUCUCCAUCACCCUUACAGAUGAAGGUUUCCAGAACUUCUACCAGGUGACUCACCUGGUGUUCCAGUACCUGAAGUUGCUGCAGACUCUAGGACCACAGCAAAGAAUAUAUGAAGAGAUCCAGAAGAUUGAAGCAAAUGAGUUUCACUAUCAGGAGCAGAUCGAUCCCAUAGACUAUGUGGAGGACAUUUGUGAGAACAUGCAGCUGUUUCCUAAAGAAGACUUCCUGACAGGAGAUCAGCUGCUGUUUCAGUAUAAACCAGAAAUCAUCAGUGCAGCUGUGUCACUCCUCACCCCUGAGAGAGCCAACCUGAUGCUGCUGUCACCAGAACAUGAGGGCCAGUGUCCCCUCAGGGAGAAGUGGUUUGGCACCCAGUACAGUGUGGAGGACAUAAGUCAGGAGUGGAUGGAGAAGUGGACCAACCACCUGGAGCUGAACAAUGACCUCCACCUGCCCGCAGAGAACAAGUUCAUCGCCACCGACUUUACCCUGAAGCCCUCUGACAUCCCAGACAGCGAGUACCCGGUCCAGUUAGCCAGCAGCGACAGGGGCUACCUGUGGUACAAGAAGGACACCAAAUUCAAAACUCCAAAAGCCUACAUCAGAUUCCACUUAAUCUCCCCAGUAAUCCAACAAUCUGCCAAGAAUGUAGUCCUGUUCGACCUACUGGUCAACAUCCUUGGACACAACCUGGCAGAGCCGGCCUACGAGGCUGAAGUGGCCCAGCUGGACUACAAACUGGUGGCCGGUGAACACGGCCUGGUCAUCAAGGUCAAAGGAUUCAACCAUAAACUGAGCCUUCUCUUCCACCUGAUCAUCGACCACCUGGCUGAUUUCUGCACCUCCACCAACGUCUUCAGCAUGUUCUCAGAGCUGCUGAAAAAAACCUACUUCAACAUCCUCAUCAAACCUGACAAACUCGGCAAGGACGUCCGUUUGCUGAUCCUGGAGCAUUCUCGCUGGUCCAUGGUGGAGAAGUACCAGGCUCUGACGGCCGGUCUCACCAUCCAGGAGCUGAUGGAGUUCAGCCGCAGCUUCAGGAAGGAGUUGUUCGCAGAAGGGCUGGUGCAGGGAAACGUCAGCAGCUCUGAGUCGCUGCAGUUCCUGCAGUAUGUCACAGAUAAGCUGCAGUUUUCAAAAUUGCAAGAGGAAGUGCCAGUGAUGUUCCAAGUGGUGGAGCUUCCUUUGAAGCAUCACAUCUGCAAAGUCCAGUCACUCAACAAACGAGACGCCAACUCUGAGGUCACAGUUUACUACCAGUCUGGUCCCAAGUCCUUGAGGGAACACACGCUGAUGGAGCUGUUAGUGAUGCACAUGGAAGAACCCUGCUUCGACUUCCUCCGAACCAAAGAAACACUUGGGUACCACGUUUACCCCACCUGCAGAAACACCUCAGGUGUCCUGGGUUUCUCUGUCACUGUGGAAACACAGGCCACCAAGUUCAACACUGAGCUGGUGGAGCUAAAGAUUGAAGAGUUUUUGGCUUCAUUUGGAGAAAACCUGAACGCUCUGACUGAAGAGGCCUUUAAUACUCAGGUAACUGCUUUAAUAAAGCUGAAGGAAUGUGAGGACACGCACCUCUGUGAGGAGGUGGAUAGAAACUGGAACGAAGUGGUAACACAACAGUAUGUGUUUGACAGACUCAACAGAGAGGUGAACGCUCUGAAGCAGAUGACCAAAGAUGAACUGCUCUGCUGGUUCCAGGAACACAGAACAGAAAGCUGCCGCAAACUCAGCGUACACGUGGUGGGAUUUGGGGCAGAAGAAAACAAGGAGAACGGUGAGAGCAGGAAACGGGAAGGAAAGGGAAGCAGUGAGGAGGAUUUGAGUGGCUCCAGCUACGGGGAGGUGUCCAAGCUCACGGUUCUUCCUGCCUCACCCAAAAUGGCCGACGCCCCUGCCGGCACUGACAUGGGAAUGAACUCAGACGGACAGCUGAGGAUUCAAACUCCUACCUGA